AUGGAGGUGGAGGCAGACGAGAAGCGCCAUCGCACACGGUCCAAAGGUGUUCGAGUUCCUGUGGAACCAGCCAUACAAGAGCUGUUCAGCUGCCCUACUCCUGGCUGUGAUGGCAGUGGUCAUGUUAGUGGCAAAUAUGCAAGACACAGAAGUGUUUAUGGCUGUCCUUUGGCAAAAAAAAGAAAAACCCAAGAGAAGCAACCCCAAGAACCUGCUCCAAAAAGAAAACCAUUUGUGGUUAAAACGGACAACUCUUCAGUAGAUGAAUGUUAUGAAACAGAUGGAACUGAAGAAAUGGAUGAUAAAGAAGAGGAGGACGAGGAGGAGGAAGAGGAGGAGGAAGAAGAAGAGGACUAUUCUGAUGAUAACGAAGAACAAGGUGAUGAGGAAGAGGAGGAUGAAGAAGUAGAUAGGGAAGAAGAGGAAGAAGAGGAAGAGGAGGAGGAGGAGGAAGCAGAUGAAGUUGAGGAGGAAGAGGAAGAAGAGGAGGAAGAAGAGGAGGAAGAAGAAAGUGAAGAUCAUCAAAUGAAUUGUCACAAUACUCGAAUGCAAGAUACAGAAAAAGAUGAUAACAAUAAUGAUGAAUACGAUAAUUAUGAUGAACUGGUGGCCAAGUCAUUGUUAAAUCUUGGCAAAAUUGCAGAGGAUGCAGCUUACAGAGCCAGGACAGAAUCAGAAAUGAAUAGCAAUACAUCUAAUAGCUUGGAAGAUGAUAGUGACAAAAAUGAAAAUGUUGGCCGGAAGAAUGAGCUGAGUUUAGACUUAGACAGUGACGUUGUUAGGGAAACUGUGGACUCACUGAAAUUGUUAGCACAAGGACAUGGUGUUGUGCUUUCAGAAAAUGUUAACGAUAGAAAUUAUGCAGACAUGUCUCAGCAAGAAAAUAGGAAUAUGAACUACGGGAUGCUAGGGAAACCUGCAAACAAUGGGCUUCCUGAAAAAAUGGUGGAAGAAAGUGAUGAGGAGGUAUGUCUCAGCAGCUUGGAAUGUUUGAGGAACCAAUGUUUUGAUUUGGCCCGCAAACUCAGUGAGACAAACCCACAGGAAAGAAAUCAACAGCAAAACAUGAAUUCUCGUCAACAUGUCCGGCAAGAAGAUGACUUCCAAGGAAGGACACCUGAUAGGAAUUAUUCUGAUAUGAUGAAUUUAAUGAGGCUUGAAGAACAGUUGAGCCCGAGAUCUAGAACUUUUUCUAGUUGUGCAAAAGAGGAUGGAUGUCAUGAAAGAGAUGAUGACACCACUUCUAUUACCUCAGAUAGAUCUGAAGAGGUGUUCGAUAUGACAAAAGGGAACUUAACACUACUUGAAAAAGCAAUUGCUUUAGAAACGGAAAGAGCAAAAGCCAUGAGGGAAAAAAUGGCAAUGGAAGCCGGACGGAGGGAUAAUAUGAGAUCCUAUGAAGAACAGUCUCCAAGACAGCUUUCUGGAGAUGAGAGGAAAUCUAAAUCCAGUGAUGGCCAUAUCAAAAAGCCAUAUUAUGGUAAAGAUCCCUCAAGAACAGAAAAGAAAGAGAGCAAAUGUCCAACCCCUGGGUGUGAUGGAACAGGCCAUGUAACGGGGCUAUACCCCCAUCACCGCAGUUUGUCAGGAUGCCCACACAAAGAUAGGGUCCCUCCAGAAAUUCUUGCCAUGCAUGAAAACGUUCUUAAGUGUCCUACGCCGGGCUGCACAGGCCGGGGCCACGUAAAUAGCAACAGGAAUUCUCAUCGAAGCCUCUCCGGAUGUCCUAUUGCUGCAGCAGAGAAACUGGCCAAAGCUCAAGAGAAGCAUCAGAGCUGUGAUGCAUCCAAAUCAAACCAGGCAUCAGAUCGUGUCUUGAGGCCCAUGUGUUUUGUUAAGCAGUUGGAAAUUCCUCAGUAUGGCUACAGAAACAAUGUUCCUACCACAACGCCCCGCUCCAACUUGGCCAAGGAACUAGAGAAGUACUCUAAGACCACAUUUGAAUAUAACAGUUAUGACAACCAUGCAUAUGGAAAGAGAGCCAUAGCACCUAAAGUACAAUCCAGAGAUAUAUCCCCCAAAGGAUAUGAUGCUAAGCGUUACUGUAAGAAUUCAAGCCCAACCAGCAGCACAACCAGCAGCUAUGCACCUAGCAGCAGCAGCAAUAUGAGCUGUGGAGGAGGCAGCAGUGCCAGCAGCACCUGCAGCAAGAGCAGCUUUGACUAUACGCACGACAUGGAAGCAGCACACAUGGCUGCCACGGCUAUCUUGAAUCUUUCCACUCGCUGCAGAGAAAUGCCUCAGAACCUCUCCACAAAACCUCAGGAUCUCUGUUCUAGGAAUCCUGAUAUGGAGGUGGAUGAAAAUGGGACAUUAGACUUGAGUUUAAACAAGCAACGACAGCGAGAAGGCUGCUGCACCAUUUUGACGCCGCUGGAACCAAUGUCACCACAACAACAGGCUGUGAUGAAUAGCAGGUGUUACCAGCUGAAUGAGAGCGACUGCUGGGAUUUACCUGUGGACUACACAAAAAUGAAGCCUGACACAAUAGAUGAAGAUGAUUCCAAGGAAAUUAAUCCAGAAGAUUUAGAUCCUUUCCAAGAGGCAUUAGAAGAAAGAAGAUAUCCUGGGGAAGUCACCAUCCCAAGUCCUAAACCCAAAUAUCCUCAAUGCAAAGAGAAUAAAAAGGAUUUAAUAACUCUGUCUGGCUGCCCGCUGGCUGAUAAAAGUAUUCGAAGUAUGCUGGCCACAAGCUCACAGGAACUCAAGUGUCCAACUCCUGGUUGUGAUGGCUCUGGACACAUUACGGGGAAUUAUGCUUCACAUCGAAGCCUUUCUGGUUGUCCACGAGCAAAGAAAAGUGGGAUUAGAAUAGUACAAAGUAAAGAAGACAAGGAAGAUCAAGAGCCAAUUAGAUGUCCAGUUCCUGGUUGUGAUGGUCAGGGUCACAUAACUGGGAAAUAUGCAUCUCAUCGUAGUGCAUCAGGGUGCCCUCUUGCUACUAAAAGGCAAAAGGAUGGGUAUCUGAAUGGCUCCCAGUUUUCUUGGAAGUCAGUGAAGACGGAAGGUAUGUCAUGUCCAACACCAGGAUGUGAUGGCUCUGGACACGUCAGUGGUAGCUUUCUUACACAUAGGAGUCUAUCAGGAUGCCCCAGAGCUACAUCAGCAAUGAAGAGAGCAAAGCUGUCGGGAGAACAAAUGCUUACAAUAAAGCAGCGGGCUAGUAAUGGAAUAGAAAAUGAUGAAGAAAUUAAACAGUUAGAUGAAGAAAUAAAAGAGCUAAAUGAAUCCAACUCCCAGAUGGAAGCUGAUAUGAUUAAACUUCGAACUCAGAUUACGACAAUGGAAAGCAACCUGAAGACAAUAGAAGAAGAAAACAAAGUAAUUGAACAACAAAAUGAGUCUCUCCUUCAUGAAUUGGCCAAUUUGAGCCAAUCUUUAAUUCAUAGUCUAGCUAAUAUCCAGCUGCCGCAUAUGGAACCAAUCAAUGAACAAAAUUUUGAUGCUUACGUGACCACUUUGACGGACAUGUAUACAAAUCAAGAUCGUUAUCAGAGUCCAGAAAAUAAAGCCCUACUGGAAAAUAUAAAGCAGGCUGUGAGAGGAAUUCAGGUGUGAACAGCUGCUAUAGUGGUGAAAAAUCGUACCUUUAAAAAAAAAGAUGCCUCUUGUUUUUUGCUGCUGUAAUUUACCAGAAAGUGUUAUAUAUUUCUUUCUGUUUAAAACAGUGUUAUGCUCACAAGACUUCAUAAUAAUUUUAUGUCUUGCUUUGAAAAUAGUAAUUGCAGAAUAGUUUUUUGAAUACAUUCACAUUUUGUACGUUUUCAUAUAAGCUGACAUAGUGUGAUAUGCCAUGUAAUGUUUAUAGCUGCUAAUGUAUGCACAUUUUUGGGGUAAAUAUAUUUCUGAAGAGGUAAGCUGAUCAAAAUAAAGAGUGUAAAUUCUUUUUAAUGCUUUAGUGAUUAAAUGUUUUAGUAUUUUGAACUGAAAUGGACAAAAAGAAAAAAAAAGGGAAAAAUGCUUUGAAUGACAAUGUUGUAGUCUCCAGCCACUUUUUAAACACUCAUUUAUCCCAUUGCUGGAAGAUUUUAUGGGAUUUAAGAAAUACAUUUUGUGUGCAUAUUGUUUCAUAGCAAAAAUUGGUUGCAAAAAUGCUUUAUUUUUUAACAAUGCCUGAAAAUAUUGUGUG